AUGGUCACGAAGAUGACCAUCGUCGAGAAUGAGAAGAGCCUCAAGGUUCAGGCUGGAUGGUAUACGGCUGCAGCCAUGAAGGAUGAGCUGGGCUACGAUGCGAAACUUGAUGGUGCAUGUGAGAAGAUGAUCAAGAAGAUCGUGGACUACUGUGGCCUCAACCCAACGAAGCUGGUACGGCCAUGGAAGUAUGACACGAGUUUGAAUCAGUAUUGGGUUGAGACGCAUUGGUCUGGAGAGAUCACGAAGAAGAAUAUCGAUCGCACCACGAAUGAGCGUACCGAGGAGGCUGAUGGUACCCUCCCAGUGGUGGAGACAACCUUCGAUGAUCAGCCCCCGGGACCAGCUGCUGAGGAGGGUGGUUUGGCCGGGGCGGAAGAUCCCCGUACGAUGCUCGAUCGGGGCUUGGCUGAAGUUUUAUCGAAGGUGUUGAGACACCGUGAUCUGGCCGACCAGCUGGCGGGUGAGCUGCAAUCUCAUGCUGCAGCAUUGGAGCGCCACUAUGACAAUAUGAGUAUGAUCAAAGCAACUGCCUCCCUACGCAUGCUGCAUACCGAGAUUGACAUGUCUAUCGAGACGGCUUCUGUCCUGCCUUUAUCAGGAUUAAAAGAUGUGGGCUUGAAGGUUACCGGGGCCGUCCAGGCGGUCUCAAUCGAGAACAAGGUGACGCCAGUUCUGACAGAGCUGCAGAAGGCGCUCAAGGACAAGGAGAAACCGGGAAAUGAGGGUCAGGCUGGCACACUCGGCAAAGAAGCUGCCAAGCAGUUGGUUCGAGGGGCCUUUGCCUUGGAGCCAUGCACCAGUGAUGACAAAUCUUCAGUUCAUUGGAGAUAUCACAAGUACAUGUCUGCAGAGCUUCUCAGCCUACCAGACAUUGCAGAGACUUGGGAUGGAAUCUUGCAAAAGAGAGAUCUGCUGAAGAUUACUUUGCCUGAUGUUAAAUCUGUUGGCAAGACACCUGGCAAGAUCUUUGCCCAUGCUGAAGCGAUGGUCGAGAUAGUUCUGCAGUCUGUUGGUUGUGCAGUUUUCAAAGUGGGCUUUACCCAUGAUCCUGUUCGGCGGGUGGAAGGCUACUGCGACGAAGGAUAUCAUCGGUUUAAAGAGUUUGGCCUGGCACUGGAUGUUCCGAUCUCCUAUGUCAACGUGGGGGACAGCAACUGUGACCUGCCAAUGAUUAGACCCAGCGAUUUGUUUCAACACCUUGCGGACCUGGGCAAAUUGGACCUCCUUUUCGGCCAACAGCCAGCAAGUGUUUUACCUGAAUUCUGGAGUCGUUUUCAGGAGGUGGAGCCAAACAACACUGUUCAUGCUGCCUUCGCUGCUGGUACAAUGCACCCCGAUCGAACAAUACCAAUGGUCAUUCAUGGGGAUGAAGGCCGUGGAAGGAAACGACUUCCAGCCAUGGUAGUCAACACCCAUGGCCUGAUCGGUGCAGGAUGCAAGGCCUUCCAUGAGUUUCACAAAGAUGCACCCAGAAUGCAGGAACAGGCUAUGCCUGUAAACAUCAAGGGCCACUCGAUGGAGACACGCUUUCUAUCAUUUGUACUGUCAAAGAAAUCAUAUGGCACCGACUGCUCAUACUUGAUGCGGAUGUUCGAAGCACUGGUCGAGGAUCUAUGCAAGCUUAACAACCGGGAUCCAGAUCAAGUCGAAGUCUGGUGUCGAGACGUGGCAUUGUGCAUUUAUUGGAAGUGUUGGAGAUCUACAGUUUUUUGCGAAGGAAACAACGUCCAGGAGAGGUUUGCAUAUCUGGAUGAGCACGCGCAGGCUUACCUGCAGCGACAUGGUCAGAAACUAUACUGUCGGCAUGUGAGCGAGCUGAGCGUUGGUUUCGACUCUUACCAGAAAUGCCCUCAAGGAGCUUGGCAAAAAGCAAGCGAUACAACAUUGCUUCUGGAGAUUUUCGAAGACUUCUGUGAGAAGCAUGCUUCAAUGGCCUCCGAGGAUGCCAUUUUGGGUUGGACGUAUACUGCGGUAGCCAACCUGAAUGCCUGUAUCCGUUUGCUAUACAAGAGUGGGCUGUGGAUGACACAGCAUCAGGCGCUGGAUGCUUCAUCUACAGGCAUGAACUUUUUGAAGUGCUACGGCCACCUGGUUCAUUUGACUUUCCAAGCGAACCGCGAUCGGUUUCCAAUCACUCCGAAGGUUCAUUACAUCCAUCACUUGUUCAUCGACCUGAAGUCCCAAGCUCGGGCUUCCGCCUGGACAUUGAACUGUAUCGCCUUCACGGUACAGAUGGAUGAAGACUUCGUGGGGGUGCAUGCAAGAGCUUCAAGACGUGCAGGUGCCCAGUAUGUCUCGCUGCGGUGUUUGCAGCGUUAUUUGCUCUAUGCAGGCGAGCGAAUCACUCCCGAGUAUCGCCGAACCUCUUGA